UCCUGCGAGAUGAUAAAAGGACUGGCGCACUCCGCGCGCAAGCCACUGCUGCUCUGCGAAUCGACAUGGCUGUCCAGGCCGCGCUUCUCCUCGCCCUCUGCGCGCUGGCCGCCGCGGCCAGCGCUUCUGUCCAGCCGGCACCGUUUGGGUCCUUCCAUGCCCUGAGAACGCACGGGGCCGACAGGCAGCCGGGCCAGCCCCGCUCGCUGCGUGUCGUGAACGGCAACACGGCCGCGCCGGGCCAGUUCCCCCACCAGGUCGGCAUCUACGUGGACAUGUCCGCCUUCUGCGGCGGCGCCCUCAUCCACCCCAACUGGGUCCUCACGGCCGCCACCUGCGUCUCCCAGGCUCAACGCUUCACGGCGUUCCUGGGCGCGCAGAACAUCAACCUCCCCGCCGAGAAGGGACGCAUCGCCGUCACCACCACCCGGGCCUACACGCACGACGACUUCGACUCCAAGCUGUACAAGAACGACAUCGCCCUGCUGCUGCUGCCCAGGGAGGUCAAGCUCACCGAUCACAUCAAGACCGUCAGCCUGCCCCCGAGGUCGUACGCCACUAAGGACUUCGCUGACGCCGCGCUGCAGCUCAGCGGCUGGGGCUACCAGAAGGACGGCGCUGCCACCAUCUCCCCGUCGCUGCGCUACGUGGACCUGAAGGGCACCGACAAGAAGACCUGCGUGAGCACCUACAGCUACGAGGUGGUGCACGACUACACGCUGUGCUGCAAGGGCGACAACAAGGCCAGCCCCUGCCAGGGCGACACUGGCGGCGCGCUGGUAGAGCAGAAGCAGGAUGGCACCGCCAUCGUGGUCGCCGUGGCCAGCUUCACGCCCGGCAAGGGCUGCUCCACCGGAAAGCCCUCCGGCUUCACCAAGGUGGCCUCGUUCCUGGACUGGAUCGCCGACCUCGCCGAAAUCCCCAUCCAGGAUUGAGACGGCCAGCCCUCCCUGCCUGCAUGCUGCAUGACCCGAAUGCGGACGAUGCCCCCACAGAUUUAGAUCUCCACGAUGCCGUUUUGCUUUCACUUCCUGACACGUGAAUAAUGAAUAAACCUACAAGUAAAAUGUGUUCGUUGAA